AUGACGGACCGAGCGGGAUACCUUACGGAAGAUAAGGCUCUAGCUGAAUUCCUCGGUGUCGAGGAAGUGGACGAUAGAAGUGGUAAUGAUACCGCCAAUCAGGGGGAGGAGAAAUCUGAACCCAGCACAUCUGUGUGUGACCGUGUCUCGCGUCUAGCACUGAAUCCGUUCCCUGAUCGUGGUGCCGCGACUGCUCUAAAAGCGCGGGGUGCGAUGUCUAACAUGGACCCGUCCAUCAUCAGUAACCCACUUGACGAGGAGCAACAACGCAUACUCGAUCAGGCGGAAAGCGCAAGGGGAUAG